GAAGCCUCUCGGCCGUGGCGGUGGCGGUGGCAGUGGCGGUGGCUGUUACCGUUGCCUCCUGGAGGCUCUGGCUGCGGCGGCUCCAGGGUUCGCAGAGGGCAGCGGGCCGCUUUCGCCCUUGGCUGCUUGGAGCAGCCCAGCUCUGAGAUAGGGAGGCGAGACGGCGGCGGCGCUGGGUAGUGCCCGGCCCCCUCCUUCGCAGCUCCAGCCCCCGGGCGGCUGCGGACUCCGGGUUGCCCCGGGGCGGCGGCCGCGGAGCAGACGGCGGGGGAUGGCGAGAUAGCGGCGCGGGAGCGGCGGGGCUAGAUUGCAUGGACCAUGGAUAUUUACUUGAGUUGGAGACAUCUGUCCCAGGUGGUAGACAAUAGAAGAAUGAGGAUGACUUCAAGUUUCCAGUGGCUCUUAUCCACAUUUAUUCUUUUAUAUCUAAUGAAUGAAGUAAAUAGCCAGAAAAAGGGGGCACUUCGUGAUUUGAAGUGUGUAACUAACAAUUUGCAAGAGUGGGACUGUUCUUGGAAAGCACCCCUUGGAGCCGGCCAUGGUACUGUUUAUGAAGUUUGCAUUGAAGACAGGCCCCGUUCUUGUUAUCGAUUAGAGAAAACAAACAUUAGAAUCUCAGCUCUUUCACCUGGUGAUCAUGAAAUAAAAAUAAAUUCUCUACAUGAUCUGCAGAGUUCUAUGAGCAAAUUCAUAUUAAAUGAAAAAAAUGUUUCCUUAGUUCCAGACACUCCCGAGAUCUUGAGUUUGUCUGCUGAUUUUUCAACAUCUACGUUACACCUCAUGUGGAAUGACAAGGGCUCUGUUUUUCCACAUCACUCGAAUGUCAUCUGGGAAAUUAAAAUUCUACGUAAAGAGAGUAUGGAGCUUGUAAAAUUAGUAACAUACAACACAACUCUAAGUGGUAAAGAUGUCAUUCGUCACUGGAGCUGGACCUCGGACAUGCCUUUGGAGUGUGCUACUCAUCAUGUGGGAAUUAGAUGCUACAUUGACUAUCCUCUUUUCUCUGGUCGCAAAGACUGGAGUGACUGGAGCCCAGUGAAGAACAUCUCUUGGAUUCCUGAUUCUCAGACGAAGGUUUUCCCCCAAGACAAAGUGAUACUUGUAGGCUCAGACAUAACAUUUUGUUGUGUCAGUCAAGAGAAAGUCUUAGUAGCACAGAUUGGUCAUAAAAACUGUCCCCUUAUCCGUCUCGAUGGAGGAAAUGUUGCAAUUGAGAUCCAUAAUAUUUCUGCUUCUGCAAAUAGUGGAACAAAUGUGGUUUUCACGACAGAAGACAACAUGUUUGGAACAGUUGUUUUUGCAGGAUAUCCACCUGAUAGUCCCCAAAAUCUGAACUGUGAGACACAUGAUUUAAAAGAAAUUAUAUGUAGCUGGAAUCCAGGAAGACCGACAGCAUUGGUGGGCCCUCGAAAUACCAGUUACACUUUAUUUGAAAGUUUUUCAGGAAAAUAUGUUAAAUUUAAAAGAGUUGAAGCACUUACAAAUGAAAACUAUCAGUUACUCUUCCAAAUGCUUCCAAAUCAAGAAAUAUAUAAUUUUACUCUGAAUGCUCGCAAUCCUCUGGGGCGAUCGGCAUCUUCAAUAUUAGUUAACAUAACUGAAAGAGUUUCUCCCCAUACUCCUACUUCAUUCAAAGUGAAGGAUAUUAAUUCAACAGCUGUUACACUAUUUUGGCAUUUACCAGGCAACUUUGCAAAGAUUAAUCUGUUAUGUGAAAUUGAAAUUAAUAAAGCUAAUUCAGCACAAGACUUGCGGAAUGUCACAAUCAAAGGAGUAGAAAAUUCAAGUUAUCUGGUUGCUGUGGACAAAUUAAACCCAUACACUAUAUAUACCUUUCGGAUUCGUUGUUCUGCUGAAACUUUCUGGAAAUGGAGCAAAUGGAGCAAUGAGAAAAAACAUUUGACCACAGAAGCCAUUCCUUCAAAGGGACCAGAUACUUGGAGAGAAUGGAGUUCUGAUGGAAAAAACCUAAUAAUCUACUGGAAGCCUUUACCCAUUAAUGAAGCUAAUGGAAAAAUACUUUCCUAUAAUGUAUCAUGUUCAUCAAAUGAAGAAACACAAUCCCUUUCUGAGAUCCCUGAUCCUCAACACAAAGCAGAAAUACAACUUGAUAAAAAUGACUACAUCAUCAGUGUGGUGGCAAAAAAUUCAGUUGGUUCAUCUCCACCUUCUAAAAUCGCUAGUAUGGAAAUCCCAAAUGAUGAUCUCAAAGUAGAGCAGGCUGUUGGAAUAGGAAAAAAGAUUCUCCUCACCUGGCAUCAUGACCCCAAUAUGACUUGUGACUAUGUUAUUAAAUGGUGUAACUCAUCUCGGUCAGAUCCCUGCCUUAUGGACUGGAAAAAGAUUCCUUCAAACAGCACUGAGACCAUAAUAGAAUCUGAUCAGUUUCGACCUGGUAUAAGAUACAAUUUUUUCCUGUAUGGGUGCAGAAAUCAAGGAUAUCAAUUAUUACGUUCUAUAACUGGAUACAUAGAAGAAUUGGCUCCAAUUGUUGCACCAAAUUUUACUGUUGAAGAUACAUCUGCAGAUUCCAUAUUAGUAAAAUGGGAAGAUAUUCCUGUGGAAGAGCUUAGAGGCUUUUUAAGAGGGUAUUUAUUUUACUUUGAAAAAGGAGAAAGAGACACGUCUAAGAGGGGCAAUGUGGAAUCAGGUCGUUCCGACAUAAAGGUUAAGAAUAUUACUGACAUAUCCCAGAAGACACUGAGAAUUGCUGAUCUUCAGGGUAAAACAAGUUAUCAUCUGGUGUUGCGAGCCUAUACAGAUGGUGGCAUGGGCCCAGAGAAGAGCAUGUUUGUGGUGACAAAGGAAAAUUCUGUGGGAUUGAUUAUUGCCAUUCUCAUCCCUGUGGCAGUGGCUGUCCUUGUUGGUGUAGUAACAAGCAUCCUUUGCUAUCGGAAACGAGAAUGGAUUAAAGAAACCUUCUACCCUGAUAUCCCAAACCCGGAAAAUUGUAAAGCAUUGCAAUUUCAAAAGAGUGUCUGUGAGGGAAGCAGUGCUCUUAAAACAUUGGAAAUGAAUCCUUGUACUCCAAAUAAUGUUGAGGUUCUGGAGACUCGAUCAACAGUUCCUAAAAUAGAAGAUACAGAAAUAAUUUCUCCAGUAGCCGAGCGUCCUGAUGUUAGCUCUGAUGUGGAACCUGAAAACCAUGUGGUCGUGUCCUACUGUCCUCCCAUCAUCGAGGAGGAGCUGCCAAACCCGGCAGUGGACGAAGCUGGAGGGACCGCACAAGUCGUUUACAUUGAUGUUCAGUCCAUGUACCAGCCUCAGGCCAAACCAGAGGAGGAACAAGACACUGACCCUGUGGUGGGCGCAGGCUAUAAGCCCCAAAUGCGCCUCCCCAUUAACUCUGCUGCAGAGGCCACAGCUGCAGGAGAUGGGGUGGAUAAGACUGCAGGCUAUCGGCCUCAGGCAAAUGUAAACACGUGGAACUUAGUCUCCCCAGACUCCCCUCGAUCCACAGACAGUAACAGUGAAAUCGUCUCUUUUGGAAGUCCAUGCUCCAUCAACUCCCGACAAUUUUUGAUUCCCCCUAAAGAUGAAGACUCUCCUAAAUCUAAUGGAGGGGGGUGGUCCUUUACAAACUUUUUUCAGAACAAACCAAAUGAUUAACAGUGUCACCCUGUCACUUCAGUCUGCCAUCUCAAUAAGCUCUUACUGCCUGCGUUGCCUCAGUAGCGCUGGGCGUUCUUGGAGGGACCUGUGAAGCAUUGGAGCCAAGUGAACUUCACCACGUUCAGGUUGUACUAGGAGUGUGCAUGUGCUUUUGAUGCCGUCCAAAAGCCAAAGUACAUGACUCGGAAUCCUCAACCCACAACACUCAAGAUUCAGAGCUAUCGGUGUUUGAGCCAAAGAAUUUCCCCUUCAAGAGGCAUUUAUUUCCAGGCAAAUGCUAUACGCAGAACAAAUCCCACAGCACCUGUUUUCUGUUGUUAAUGGUUUUCUUGUAUGUAUGCUUGUGGAAUUACAAGGGAGAUUUGCAGGCAUGAGAGAAAAAUGUCGUAGUCACAUAAUGUUUAUUUGCCUGACAUCUACUCCAUUUUAGAGGACAACCAAGCACAGAAUUUUAAACAUUUAAGAUGAUUCUCCUCUAUCCACAGUAUUUACAAAAGUUAAUAUAAUUUUUAAUGUAGCAACAGCUAUUUAGUGUUCUGUUUGAUAAAGAGUGCUGAUUUCUGUGCCUACUGUAUAAUGGUUAUCAAACAGUUGUCUCAGGGGUGCAAACUUAGAAAACAAGUGUGACACACUGACCAGCCUGAAUCAGAAUCACGUUUUCUUGCUUUGGUAGGUUUUUCAAACCUUUCCAUUGUUUUUUAGCUUUUAUGCUAGCUUCCGUUACUGCAGUUGGUUACCCUAAUAUUUGAAACUUAAAUUUCUAGGCCUAUAGAUCCAAGUGGGUUUUUUAAAAUCCAUUUUAUUUUGUGAUACAGUGUCAGCUUUAUAUGAGUAAAUUAAAUAUUAUUCAUAAGCAUAUAAUUCCAAUGAUUUACUAUGUGAGAUGACUACUAAGCAAUAUCUAGCGGCAUUACUGGCCAUGUAGCUCUGAUUGGCUUUGGUUCCCCCUGAAAAGACCAUGCCCUUGAGCCCAGUCAUCAGGCAGUGGUAUUCUUUGGCGCUUCCCAGCAGGUUUUCCUCCCCCUCAUCUGUCAGAUCUCCCCCCCCCCCUCAUAAGCAGUUAUCAGCCCAGACUGUCAGAUCUAGUCCUGAAGUGGUUAAGUUUAAAACUAAAAUGAGAAUGCUUCUUUCAGGAACAGUUAAGGGCUACGUCAUGUGGAAGUCAUAAAGUCCAUUUGAAUCAGUGCAUGUACCUACAGCACAGGUACAGCGGUUGCUUGGAGAACCUUGCAGAGGCGAAUCUUGAGCUCAGGUGUGCUCUGUUCAUCCUGGUUCCUCAUCAGGGAUGUUCUGGAGUGAGUGUGUUCCUAGCAAAGCAGAGUGCAAAAUGAAAAACCCCGUUGUGUUUUCCCUGCCCUUGGGUUGUCUAUGUAUUUUGUCAUUUGAUAGUUAAUGAGGAAGUACUUGAAGAUUUGAAACAUCUGAUUUAGUUAAGAUAGGCUUGUUUUGUAUCAUCUGAAGUUCUGCAAUGUAUACCCAAAUAAUGGAACAAUCAUUAUUAGUUUUAGCUCUUAUUGUAUCUUUCUUAAAACCAUGUUGUAGAGAAAGAACACAGGGUGACAAGGGACAAAAUCUAUUUAGGUACUCAGUUUAUGAAUCCUUCUUUUAACUGCUAGAAUUAAAUUAAAUUCUGAGCUUCUUGAUAUGUGGAAUGAAAUAUAAUUAUGCACAUGCAUAGUGUAUUAAAACUAUAUAAUAGCUCAUAUAAAUUUUUAAUAAUGAAAAAUAUACCAAACCAGAGCCAUCCCUAAAGAGUUUCCUCGUCUUCCUUUGUAUCCUCUUUAGCUCCUUGCUGUAACUCCUGCCUCUUCCAAGCCCCUUCAGAGCUUGUCAUCACCCUGCUCCAUUUGCCCUCAACUUGUGCUGGGUCCCUAUUGAAACUUGCCAAGUCCUGUGUUCCAUCUCUGUAGGACAAGGACAAGGAUUGGCUAAGGAUUGGCUUGUCGGUCUCAAACACACUAACCUGAGAACACAAAAAGGUCAGGGGAGAUGGGACCUGUCCUGAAGAGGUGUGCCUUCCAUCUGCAUCCUUUCUGACCUGUCUCGCCUCACUUGUGUGGCAGAUGGCAAAUAUCAUUAGGGCUCUUGAGUCCAGGACUUCACUGUAUGAAGAAGGUUCAGAGUGCUGUUCACCUCUCCCCGCCUCUGGAGUUCCAUACCCUGGGAUCCACAGGGUAAAGAGAAGCAGAGGAACGGAACGUGCUCACCGCCUGGGCAGGCUGCCUGUAGCUUGCUCUGAGCUUGGCAGUUUGUUACUGCCCAUUCUUGCCACAACUCUGGUGUGGGAGGAGCCUCAGCACUGGGGCGGGAGUUGGGAAGAAGACACCUACUGUCACAUAUCCAGUGUUAGAGACACUGGUAAAUCUGCACACACAUAUGUAUUAAAACUAUACAGUCAGUUUUGGGACCAUGCGUGUGUGUGCAAGGUGCUCUAAUAGUGGUCAUGCUCUGUCCAGUCAGAUUAGUUACUUCUCCCUUUGGGGGCAGAUUAAGACCUAGUUAGGGGAAGGCUACAUGUGGUUCUUCCAGCUCUUCCUAACUGGGGAAAAAGGUAGCAGGAAGGCCCUCUGUCCUAGAAAAAGCCCCAUCAUCUGUUAGAAAAUUCUAAAUAUCUAAACUAAAAUCAUGUUCCAUUACAUCUGUGGACUAGAACUGUAUAUAGGACACAUUGUCAGCUGUUUUAUAAGCUAACUUCAAGCUUCCCUUGUGAGAGGUGGAGAUUCUAGGGGUCAUUAUAACUCUUGUUUCUUUCAUGAGUGGCCAUUUGAAAUAAUAUUUAAUGUAAAAAUAUUCUUGGAUACUAAACUAGGCCUUUGACAUGGAUAGACUAUAUGAGUGAUAUAUUGCAUGGAGUAGUUCACGUGUGCUGUCUAAGUCAUUAGCUUGCUGCACCUGUACAGCCCUGGACCUGGGAUCGGGGCCCCUGAAUGUCUGCAUAGUUGAGUUGUGUGUUUCUGGGCUGUGUGAUAGAGAUGCUUUGUUCCUGCAGCUGGAAACAGAAGCAGCCAUUCAUUGAAAAGUUUAAGGGAGGAAGUCUCAGCCUCAUUUUCCACACCAGCAUUACUUUCACGGCUCAUGGAUCUGAAGGAUUGCAUUUAGAACACGUAGUACUGUUGCCCUCGGAAACUGUAGCAAAAAGUCACAUUCUCAAAACUUCAUGCAAGUUGUAUUCUUAUCGGAAAUCAGUCCUGCAAUUUCUUAAUCGCCUUCACACUGUCGUAUUUAAAGCUACAGUUCUUUCUGUAAGUGAAUAAUUAAGUGGAAUUUAGCGAAGGAAACUAGAGACUUGUUUUCUUCCAAAGAGAAUUGGAAAUCAGUUUUAUGGGUAUUUUGAAAUUAAAGUACCCUUUAACUUGUCAUUAUUCAAAAAGUGUUAUCUCAAAAGUUUUCUACUGCUCAGGCACAUAUUCUGAUAAAACCUUUUUGUUUGUUUACACUAAGAUAAUUUUUGCUGUUUUCCUGUUUUGGACUCUGUUAAAAUUUGUAUGCUUUUUAUAACAUGCCUUUUUAAUUUCAGUUUUUAAAAUUGGGCCUCUCAGGUGUAAAACAUGGGAAGAAUCAUUAGCCACCAAGAAUAGGCACACAGAAAAAAUUCAGUGACUCACUUUUUGUUGACUGAGCCCCAUCCCUGAGUGUUGCAAAUUCAACAGAGUUCUGCUAGAGUGGUAUAUAUCAGAAUCAAGCUGUGUGAAUCUAAAACUGUUGGCUCAAAGAUUUAAUCUACUGUAAAAGCAUGAGCAUACUUUGAAAACUUUAAAAGACUCAUGCAUACAUGUCACUAGAUAGCUUAUUCAUAAUUUUAGCUCUUCAAGGUUUGUUUUUAUUUAAAGGGUACAGAGUUUGGGACAUGUUUGUACCAACUCAGCACGUGUCCUGGCCAGACAACACUGUACAUGAGAGCUUAGAUGAUUAAUAUAUGAACUCAUUUUCUUGAUAAAAUAUUUCUUCAGAACAUUUCUUUUAAACUAAGAUUUUCUGCCAAAAUAAAGUUUUAUAGUAUCACACAUAUCUGAUCUUUUGUAUCUUGCAGAAAAUUUUUUUACAGAGGAAAAUGACUUGUGGCCAAACUUUCAGGAUACUUGUCUUUUAGAAAAGCAUAGCUUAAAUUCAUUGGCAAUCUCUUGGUUUGAAUUUGGUUUAUUUAUAUCUUCAUGGAUUAUAUGCCAGCCCUGUUAAUAAUAUUUAAGCCUCCUGUUUUGCCAGGGUGGUUAGAUUUUUAUUUCUUUCCAGUAAGUUCUUUUGUCUUAACCAUUACAUGAUUGUGUUCGUGCUAAUUAUUUUUAAUGCCAGUACAGGUGAUGAAGAACAUUAUUCAAUUAAUUGGCUUACAUUUUCAAGGGGUAUUGUAUAUGGUAGUUUCAAGGUAUGUGAUUUGGUCUAGAAUAUAUCCACAUGCAUAUAAUUAUGGUAUCAGAUUAUGACAGGAUUCUCUUACUUUUACCUAUGAGUAGUAUUUGUUUCUCCCUGAAUUGGGGAAUGUUAAUAUUUUGAAUUAUAAGUGUCCAAAUUAUGAACAGAAUUUACCUAAGCCAGACAAAUUCUCUGCUACAUUUGUAUAAUUUUUAAAAAAUGUUUUAUGAGGAAACCCUCUGAAUGUUUUUAUGCAUAAGUGUCUAGCUGAAAACCAUGGAAACAGUAAAUCGAAAAGCACUUAUUUGUAAGUAAACCAACAACUGCUGGAACAUUAAUCUGAUACAAAGCAGUAAUAAUCUAUAUUACUUGUGAGUUUCUGGACCUGAAGACCUUAAAAACCAAAAGAUGUGAAUGAGAAAACAAAUGUCUAAUCGAUAAGGAAAUUAUUUUUAUUCCAUUUACAUGUGUCUCCUAAGAUGGUUUUCACAAUAGCCAGUCAAACUUAAAAAUAAACUAAAACUAACAACAUAGAUUUUUUUUUAAUGCUACGCUUAAGUCUGAAGUACUUUGUAUAUCUUAUGGAAUGGCUCACUUAAGUUUGCUGUGUUUCUUUAUACAUUUAAAAUGUCCUUUUCUCUAGAGUUCUUCCCGUUUAAAUGGAUAUCUUUCAACUUCUGAACUUUUUUUUUCCUGAGCAUUCCAGUGAUGCAUUUUAGAAGAACACAAACUUUCUAGGUGGAAAUACAGUUUUCCUUAAAUCACAAACAAGUUACCUGUUAGGUUUAACAUUAUUAGUAUUAGUAUUUUUGCAGUUGAUCAUAGAAAAGAGUACGGAAUAAUGGUUUUCCUAAGAUUUUUUUCAAAUGUCUUCCUCAAGUUUGAUCCAGUUACUUUCUCACAUAUUUUUAAACAUAUCAUAAGCAAUGGUUCCUUCAACUUAUUUUUUUCUUCCAACAUAGUACUUAGGAAAAAUAUUAAUUACAUUUUAAAUAGUUGAAGACACACAAAAAGAAAUCCUUUUAAGUUCAUUGUUGCAGAGGGUAGGUAUUUUGUGGUUUCCUGGAAUUUGUUGUAUCCUGUUGUUUUCUUCAAAAGGAGCAUAACUUUUUCUUAAAUACAUUUCCAUUCAUAAUUGCUUGGAAAAGAUUGUCCUGUAUAGAAAGACAGACAUCCUAAUUUGGAGACAGCACUACCUUAAAUGCUUGCUUAAAGGUAAAAAUAAGUCAUUUAAAAAAUACUCCAUGUCCCUUGUAAGAAUGUUUGUUUUACCAUUUCUUCUUCCAUCAACUGGCCAUAAGUCAACAUCCUUAUUUCACUAGGAAGUUACUUUACAACACUAGGAAAUUUUUUUACUUUCAAAACUGCAUUAUAGUGAAUUACUGUUUACAAAAUACACAUACUGUGAACAGAUACAAGUUAUCUUUUAUAAGGUUUGUAGAAUGAGUGUUUUUUUUAAAGGUGGUGUUAUGUUACAUAUUUUUAGUUUUUUAUAAAUACUAGUAACUGUUUACUAACUUCUGUUUGGUCAGGUGUGUGUAAAUGUAGCUGAAGGAAGAUAGAAACUGCAUCUCCAAAACUGUUCCCUUUUUUAAUUUCUUAAACGUUACCAUUAGGACAUUUUUUUUAAAACACAAAUGAUUAAUUGUGAUGUGCUAUACCUAAAAUCAUGUGUAAUCAUAUAAGGAAACAUUUAAAUGUACGUAUACAGGAAGUAAACUAUACAUCGAAGUAUAUCUGAAUGAUUCACUCGGAAUGGGAAUUCUUUAGUAUGAAAUAAAACAAUUCCACUUAACAGAGAUGACAGCUGAAGUAUUCCUUGCCUUGUGGAAAUGUGGAUAUUAUGUUCUGAUAGAAUGGGAAAUUUGGACAUUUUGUAUCAUCAUAUAAUUUCAGAAUUUAGUUUCCAUAUCUUUUGGAAAACAUGAUUAUAGUAAGAACUUAGAAUAUAAAUGAACUAUUACUAAGACACCAUAAAUAUAAAACUAGUACGCUUGGCUGUUAACUCUAAAGAUGUUACUUAUGUCUGUUUUUAAAACAUGCAUGUAUUUAAUAAUUUUAUCAUAGUAUUGUCAUGGAAAAAAUAAAUAUAUUUUCUUACAUCUUA